AUGGACCUUGAACUCUCUAUACCAGUCUCCAAGAGGCGAAGAGACUGGGGUGAUGAUGAGAAUCCUUCAUCGGUGCAGCAAUCUUCCAUUCUCUCAUUCUUUUGUCGGUCCUCAAAAAAGAACCGUGCAGUGCCUCCACCACGACGGCAAUCCAACAAGCGCGGCAAUGAUGUGGUUGGUACUGUUCCAGCUUCCUUCGACAAGUGUCAAAUGGACAGCGGGAAAGUGGAUCCAGUAACUCCCGACAAUGACCAGCCAGGUGCUACCAGAAUCAAAAUGCCCCAACAGAAUGGUACCACUAAUUCUAUUGCUCCUCGUCAAGCAUCAAUCAACACCACAACCAAACCCAAGAAGAAACAGAAGAAGCAGCAACAACUCUAUUUGGAUUUUGGACAGCGAGAUUUUGGAAAGCAAAUUGUAUGCCAGACCUGUGGUAUGCUCUAUGUACACGGUGUCGAGGAGGAUAUCAAAUUGCACGAACGAAUCUGCAAAGACUACCACGAAGGAGUCUCAUUCCACCCACAAUCCUGUCGCAUUGUGGACAAAGCAACCACCAAGAAAGACGGAGGUUUUAUUGUAGAAGUGCGCCCAUCCGAUAGCUAUGCUCAACGUCAAAAGGUCAAACAAGCCAUGGUCAUUGUGGAUAAGGAAUUGGGAUUUGCCCCUCAAUCAACAGCCGACGCUGCAUCACAAGACGGCGAAAAACCAAAAACGGUAUACUUGUUUAUCCGACAAAAGCAUAUUGUUGGGGUUUUGAGUGUCGAGAUGAUCAAACAGGCAUUUCCAUUGGUUCAGCCCGCCACGGACGACGACAGCACGGACGACAAUCCACAACCAUUGCAACAGUUGGCACGAUCCCAGACACCCACUCACGCCAUUUUGGGCAUUCACAAGAUCUGGGUCCAUUCCACGGCGCGAAAGCAAAAGGUGGCCUCUCGGUUGAUGGAUGCUGCCAGAGCCCGCAUGGUGUAUGGAACUGUCGUAUCACCGCACAUGGUGGCCUUUUCCAGUCCUACUGAAGCCGGAGCACGGUUUGCCCGGCAAUAUUUGCAACGGAAAACUGCCAAGGAUCCCAACAAGAUUUCUUCUCCACCCACAGUAUUGGUUUAUGAUUUGCCACUGUAG